UGUGCUCCUCAUUCAGCAGUGAUAACACAGGCAGCACCACACGGAGCCUGGUGAGCCCCAGCUGCUGUAGGAUGAUGAGACCAGGCCUGAUUCAUCCUCCAAGUUCUAAGUUCAUCCUGCUAAGUUCCCAGCUGAGCCCCCUGCAUUCCUUUUGCCUUUCCUCUUCUCAGUCUCCACGUGUUCAAAGGAAAAGUUGUCUCCCCUCCGCGCCACACAGAGGAUGGGAUGCAGGCUUUGGGAGGGGACACCUGGACCCAGACACCUCUCCGUGGGGACUGCCCCUGCAGGUUGCUGGGGACAUCCUUUCACAUUGCUGAUUAAUCCUCCUAAGCUCUGGCACUCACUCACACUGCCAGACACAGGCGGAGUGAGAAUAGGAAGGGGGAGAGCAGGGAAAAAAUUAAAGAGGGAGGAAUGAGUCACCAGUCCGGACAAACUGCCUCCAAGACUCUAAAAUUAAGCUGAAGAGAGUGGUCCCAGCGGUGCUAUGGAUCUGGCAGCUGUGAGCACCUGCUUUCCUGAUGCAUUGCAGGGACUUGAGAGUAAGUGUUACAGGCUGGUUGCUACUGCCACUACUUGCAGGAGAGAGGAGGGCUCGGGUUGUGAUGAUUGGCACUGCAAAAUCCUGCAGUCCUAGGAGGGCACAGAGAAACCAUGGAGUUGAGCCAGAUUGCUGCUCCCAGAUGCAGCAACACUUCAGAGCUUCAAAGGCUGCUUCCUGCACUGAGGAGGUGCGUUGGUAAUGCCAGGUACAACCAGCCACAGUGAAGCCCCCGAGGUACCCUGCUACCAGGGAAACUCCUGCAAAUUCAAUUCAUGGUCAGCGCUGAAUAAGGCAGUUCAUUCAGUGAUGUGACUCAUUAUCUACUGAUAGAGUUCAGAGCAACCCUGGCGGGCAUCCUGUGGCAGGGAGUUCCACAAAUACCUGCACUGCACGUGGGCUGCUGGAUUAAUUGCCCAGGGCCCACCCAAAGGUAAUGUAAAUUAUGUCAACCUAAGCCCAGAAGAGCAAAAAUGAAGCCUCUGGUGUGGGCAUAUGCCUGUGAAAGCACUUGAAAAUGGGAUCUAACCUCCUUUAAACAUCCUAAGCAUGACUCAAAACUAUCUCUUCCCAGUGGUUUAUUACAUCUCUCCAGUUUUCAAGUGUUGGCUUUUACCUUUUCAGUCUGCCCCAUCCCCUAUCACGUACAGCAAUGCCUACCAUGUGUGUGAAACAAAAUUCAUGUACCUGGCUACCUGUGGAGGUGCACAGGCUGAGCUCUUCUCCCAACACAAUCUAAGCACAACCCCCCACUGGAGCUGAGGCAGAGAAUGGGGCACACAGAGCACUGAGAAAGUGAUCUGGAGACCUGGAAUUUGUGAUCCUAUGACUGUGCUUAUGCUAACAAGUCCUGCAAGGGUUAUCAGGCCUGGGUAGAACUCUGCUGUGUGGCUCUGUUCCUUCUAAAAAACGAGCUCAGGGGCUUCUGCAUGGUGCUACAGACACCUGCUCUGCCAUGGUAAAGAAAAACCUCUGUGUGCUACCCAUGCCAUUCCUUCCCCAAUGAAGCCCACUCUCUCUUGUGUGUCUCCAGACAGCAUUGUGGCCAAGUUCUAGCCUAAAGAGGCCUGACAGCUUUGAAGUCCUUUACUGCCUUCAUCAGCUCACCUUUGAGCAGCACUGGCUGCACAUGAAGUUGCCCAAGUAGGUUUGGAAUGCCAGAUUUUAGACCCUGGCUAUGUUGUGCUCUAAGAGAUACUUUCUUCUUUUGUUAAAGCUGGAAUUUGCCCCAAGGGCUUAAAUGCUCACAAUAACAUUGCCAAAUGUCAAGAACUGGGUGAUGCACAGCACAAGGAGUCACUGAUGUUGGCUGCAGGGCAGGAAAGGGGGUGAGGAUGAAAGGGAAGCCCUUUGUGCUGGGAAUGGGAUGGGGAAAUCCUCAUGUCCUUCCUGGAAGAACUGCUUGCACAAAGGAGAUUAAUUUCUCUCUUAGAUCCGUUUCUUCUGGGUCUAUGCCUUCCAGCACAGAUGAAAUCUGCCAGGACAGUUUGGGGCUGUUAAACUGCAACAUUUUCCCAAUGAAGGUGCAAAAGACAAGAGAUCGUGUGUGGAGCCAGGGAGGGGAAAGAGUUGAAACAGACUAUCUGCCCAUCUGCCCGUAUCUCCAUCCAUCUGGAGGUGCUCAUAGGGCAGAACAGAAGGGAGAAGGGUUUGUGUGCUCAACAUCCACGCGGAUUUCUGAGCACCCUGCCAGCCAGAAGGUUUUGCUGUGUUCCUGCUGCUCCCAGCAGCACCAGUCUUGCCUGCAUGACCCUUGGAACAGGGGCCCGGUCUCCUGGGUGCCCGCCCAGGGGAGCCGAGCCGAGUCGCCCCCUCCGCCCACUCUCCCACCUCACAGCUGCUCUCUGCAUCCCUCUUUUCUUCCUCUCCCUCUUCCCUCCACUGUCUUCAGCUUCUUUUACCGCACUCCUCAUUCCUUCAUCCUCCCCUCUUCUGCGCUCCCCUUAUCCCUCUGCCCAUCUGCUUGCGCCUCCCUCUCCCCCUUUUAUUCUCCAUCCCGAUAUCUCCCCCCGCUCUUCUUCGUUCUCCUGCCCUGUCGUCCAUCCCCUCCUUCUCCUCCUUCUCCUGCCGGUGUUUCCGUGCGUGGCGCCCAUUGGCUGCCGGCGCCCGUCCCCCGGUACCGGCGCUCCGCUCCCUCUGCCCGAGCCCCGCCGAUGGCGGGGGCUGCGUGGGGGGGAGACCCACGGGCGUGGGGCUGAGGGGCCGCGCAUCCCCCCGGCCGCCCCGUGGCCCCUUCCCACGCCAGGCACGGCGGGGGCGAUGGGCAAGUCUGGGAAGAAGGACCUGCGCCUCCGGUAGCGCUCGGCGAGGCUCGCUCCCUCCGGGAGCGCUUCGCUCUGUCGCGUUUAGGAAAGGGGAAGGGGAAAAGCAUGACACGGAUUCUCCCGGUGAAGCGGAGGAAAAUGUACAUCCCGACGACAUGGCUUCUGAAGCUACCCUGGAGCUGGAUUUACUGUAUUGCUAAACAACAGCCUGAACAACCGGCUUUGAGGUGUGGACCCCAGACGCUUCUCCAAAUGCUUUUCAGCCCCAGCAGGAGUAUCUCCACCCAUAUUUGAUAUUUCUCCAGAUUGCUAACUGAUCCUGCAAGGACACUGCCCUCUGCCCUCUUCCCUGCCUCUGCUAUGGACACCUCUGCUUUUAGCCUCCCCACGCCGGCAGUGUCGGAGGAGGGGAAUGCCUCCAGUAGCUGGACAGGCUUCACCACCCCCAACAGCUCCUCCACCAUCAGCCCUGGUGUAGUUGUCAGCGGUGUCCUCAUCCCCGUGGUCUACCUCAUUGUCUGUGUGGUGGGGCUGGCUGGGAAUUCGCUGGUCAUUUAUGUGGUCCUGCGGCACUCCGUGAGCGAGUCGGUGACCAAUGUCUACAUCUUGAACCUGGCCCUGGCUGAUGAGCUCUUCAUGCUGGGCCUGCCGUUCCUGGCUGCGCAAAAUGCCCUGUCCUACUGGCCAUUUGGUUCUUUCAUGUGCCGCCUGGUGAUGGCCGUGGAUGCCAUCAACCAGUUUACCAGCAUCUUCUGCCUGACAGUGAUGAGCGUUGACCGCUACCUGGCUGUGGUCCACCCAGGGAAGUCCUCCAAAUGGAGGACAGCACGGGUGGCCAAGGCCGUCAGUGCAACCGUGUGGGUGCUGUCUUCCAUAGUGGUGCUGCCCGUGGUUGUCUUCUCAGAUGUCCCUUUAGGGAUGAGUACGUGCCACAUCCAGUGGCCAGAGCCUGCCUCGGUGUGGAGAGCUGGCUUCAUCGUCUACACUGCUACCCUGGGCUUCUUCGGACCACUGCUGGUGAUUUGUCUCUGCUAUCUCCUGAUCGUUGUGAAGGUUCGCUCCUCUGGCAGGCGGGUGAGGGCUCUGUCCUCCAAGCACAAGCUUUCAGAGCGCAGAGUGACCCGCAUGGUGGUGACUGUGGUGGCUGUCUUCGUCCUUUGCUGGCUCCCCUUCUACGUCCUCAACAUAAUCAAUGUUGUCUGCCCACUACCAGAGGAGCCAUCCCUCUUUGGAGUCUACUUCCUCGUGGUGGUGCUGCCAUAUGCCAACAGCUGCGCCAAUCCCAUCAUCUAUGGCUUCCUCUCCUACCGCUUCAAGCAGGGCUUCCGCAGGGCCAUCUUCAGGCCGUCCCGCCGAGUCCAGAGCCAGGAGGUGCCAGCAUGCCCCCCAGAGAAGAUUGAUGAUGAAAGGGAAGAGGGUGAGAUCAGCAAGAUCACCCAGAAUGGAAAUGACAGGCAGGAGUGUCCUCUAAGCAGUGGAGAAGGAAAAAGCAAUGAGCAAAAACCGCUCCCUGAGGAGCCUGCGGGAUGCGAAAAGAGCAACAAGUUGCAUGUCAGUUAUUUAUGAUGAAAGGGCUGGUGCAGGGGAAAGAGACACUGGGACAUGGGAUCCCCUUCACCUUCUCUGCUUUCAAAGGCAAUGGGAGACAUGGAUACAAGGGAAUAUUAAAGUCCAGGAGUCUGCUUAAAGAUCAAUAGGGCUUCACGAUCUUGUGGGAAAAGCAAGGCGUUGUUCUUGGCUUUGGAAAAGACACCUGAGGUUUGUGUAGUACCAGUGUUACCAGAAACUGGUAAAAAUAAAACCUCCUUAACACUAAUGUAGCGUUAAGAAGCAGGCAUUCUUUAUUUGGCUGGAUGCAUGAGGGGAUAUCUCCUCCAAAAUAUCAUGCAUGCUGAGUACAGAAAAAGCUCCCAUUUAUAUACUAUAUUUUACAUAUAUGCUCAUUCAUUUUCCCAGAAUAAACAUACAUAUGGUAAUCAUUUCCCUGAAA